ACAGAGGGAAACUUCCGCCCGUCGGGGACCUGGUGCUGCCGGCCCAGCCCGCGGGCCUCCGCCGCGGGGCUGGGAGGGGCGCCGUGGAGGGUGCUUGGAGGUCCCAGCAAGAAGGCAACUCCCUGCGGGCGUGGGCGGGCUCACGCCCUCCACCCCGCACCCCCCACCCUCGGGCGUGGGCGGGCUGAGGCCCGGAGGCGACAGAUGCGGAACCGGGGAGGGGAUUCCUUGUCCCUCGGAAAGCCGGCGGCCCGGUGUCUGGGAGCCCGUGGAGACCACCCCUCGGGGCGUUUUCGGCUGACCCGGCCGUUUCUGGACCGCGGAGGGGGCCUCGGGGCGUUGCCCUCACACCCCUCCCGCCUCCCCCAUUCCGUCCUCUUAGGACUCCGCCAUUCCCGCGAGACACGUCGGAGAGGAAGGCAUGGCCUCCAGGCUUCCGAUGGCCUGGUUGCAUGGUGUGCUGAGGCCCCCCCGGGCCCGCCCUCGGACCCUCUUCCUGCCGGGGCGCCCCUGACGGAGAUCGAGGUGGUGGAGGUGCUCUCGCUGAACGAGGAGGCGGCGCGCUCCCGGAACGCCCGGAUCUGGGCCCUCUACGCCGGAGAGGAGGGCCUGAGCCCCAAGGUCCUCGAGGAGCCCCCUCCGCCGCCGGACAGCCGUCCCCCCGACCCCGAGGCUGACCCCGAGGCCGCACGACAGAGGUUCCGGGGGUUCCGCUUUGAGGAGGCGGCAGGGCCCCGAGAGGCCCAGGCCCAGCUCCGCGAGCUGUGCCGCCAGUGGCUGCGGCCGGAGGCGCACUCCAAGGAGCAGAUGCUGGAGGCGCUGGUGCUGGAGCAGUUCCUGGGCGCGCUGCCCGCGAAGCUCCGGGUGUGGGUGGAGUCUCAGCACCCGGAGGACUGCCAGGAGGCGGCGGCCCUGGUGGAGGAUGUGACCUGGGGACCCGAGGAGAAAGCUCUGCCUGCCUCGGGCCCCACCUGCCCCCUGGAGACCCCGGCUCCCCAGGAGGGGAAGGCAGAGGAGGAGACCACCUUCCCAGCGGAGAUCCUGCCAGAGGAGCCAGUGACCUUCCUGGACGUGGCCGUGGACUUCAACAGGGACGAGUGGGAGCUGCUGGACCCCUCGCAGAGGACCGAGUACCACGACGUGAUGCUGGAGACCUUCCGACACCUGGUCUCCGUGGGCUGGGAGAAUACCGUGGAAGGGGAGCAGUUGCUGCCAAAGUCAGCUGUUGCUGAGGCAGAACCAGCCCCCAACCUGAAAGUGGAAGAGCUCUCGGGGGCCGAGGCCCAACCCUCUACCUCAGGGGAGGCCCCGCAAGGGGCGGGCCUUGAAGUUGGGGACACGGCAUUGCCGCUUGUGGGGCCGGCUCAGGAGGAAGCCCUCUCUGAGAAGCAGCAGCAGGAAAGCCCCAAGUCCCCAGCAGACAGGGGUCUCGCCACAAGUCGUGUCUCCCUCCAGAAAACGCUACCCAGGAAAAGCUUGCGCAGGCACAGCUCACGGAUUAGAAAGGCAGCGCGUAACGCCCAGGUGAAAAUGCAGCAGAAGAGCCGCCGAGGGGACAGAGCCCGGGACGGCAGGAGCACCCCGCAGGUCACGUUCAUACAGGUCCAUAAGGGGAGCCAGCUGUUCCGCUGCAGCGCGUGUGGCAAGCUGUUCCGGAACCCCAGGUACUUCUCCGUGCACAGGAAAAUUCACACGGGAGAGAAGCCCUACGUGUGCCGGGACUGCGGCAAGGCCUUCAUCCAGAGCUCCUCCCUCACGCAGCACCAGAGGAUUCAUACUGGAGAGAGGCCGUUCACGUGUCGCGACUGUGGGCGGACCUUCAAUGACCGCUCGGCCAUCGCCCAGCACCUGAGGACUCACACUGGAGCCAGGCCCUACCUCUGCAAGUUCUGCAACAAGUCCUUCCGCCAGAGCUCCCACCUCAUCCGGCACCAGAGGAUCCACACCGGGGAGCGCCCCUAUGCCUGCGACAGGUGUGGGAAGGCCUUCACCCAGAGCUCACACCUCAUCGGGCACCAGAAGACGCACAGUGGGGUCAAACGCAAGAGGAAACCCCAACCCAGCACUAAAGCCAGUUGAUGAGACGCUGCCUUCCCAGCCCAGUCCCGCACCAGAACCUGAGUGGUGUGGUGGGACUCGGGCCUGACCCCAAAGCACUGGACGACGAUGUUCUCAAGACCAAAGGACCGCCAGGGCCCCGUCCUGCACACGCAGGUGACGUGGGUGUCCUCGAUAAUGAAUGUGACAGCUGGAAGACAGAUCUGGCUUUUUACUCAGUGGAUUUGCAGUUAUGAUUUGGUCAUCACAAGGGAUGUUAGUGAAAGCUGAGGAGUGCUUACAAUGAAGUGGGUGCACUGGUAUUUCUGGUAAAGUAUUUAUGUGUAUGAACAAGGACUAAAGAGAAGAUGGAUUAGUAAACUCUAUUUCUGUGGUAGAA